AUGGCUGCACCCUCCACUGAACAGACUGUCAAUGUCUCCAAUGGUAUCCCACCUCCAUCGUUUGAUUUACCGUACCCCGAGACCCCUGAGACGAUCACCGAGAACCUGCUCAAGCUGGGAGGAACCAUACCAAACACUCGCCAUAAAUUCCUGUUCACGAAGCUGGUUGAGCACUUGCACCAGUACAUCAAAGAAACGAGCAUCACCACCGAGGAAUGGAUGAACUCGAUCCAGUUCCUCACGCAAGUGGGGCAGACGUCCACGCCGAUCCGCCAGGAAUUCAUCCUAUUGUCCGACGUUCUAGGUGUAUCCGCCUUGGUCGACUUGCUGAACACUCCUGCCAUCCCAGGUGCGACCGCUAACAGCGUCCUCGGGCCGUUCCACACGGACGACGCUCCCCUAAUUGAGAACGGAGAGUCCAUCGCAUCUGAAGGCAGAGGCAAAUACCUGUACAUCGAGGGAAGGGUGCUGGACACCGACGGUAACCCCGUCCCAGACGCCUUGAUAGAGACAUGGCAGGCCGACGAGACCGGUCUUUACGAUACGCAGUAUGCCGAUCGCGAUGGUCCCGACCUUCGGGGGCUCUUAAAGACGGACAAGGACGGCAAGUACGGGUAUCGGGCGGUCGUCCCAGAAGCGUACCCCAUCCCGGGGGAUGGGCCUGUCGGCGAGCUUCUUGUGACGCUAAACAGACAUAACAUGCGCCCCGCCCAUAUUCACAUCACCGUCGAUGCCCCGGGGUACCGCAAGCUCACGACGGCUCUGUAUCCAGAGGGGAACGUGUACCUCAGAAGCGACUGCGUGUUUGGCGUCAAGGAGUCUCUUGUUGUUAAACUGGUUGAAGUUACGGACGAGAAGGAGACGAGGCGCAGGGGAUUCCCGAAGGGCAAUACGUUCAAGUUACUCACGUUUGAUAUCGUCUUGGUAAAGCAGUGA